GGCGACAUCCUGCCGUCCAGGGGACAGGACGGUGACCGUGGUGAGCCGGCAGAGCGUCUCUGGCGAUCAGCGGGUCAGGCCGCGCUGGCCGUGCCGCUGACCAGGCGAGGUCACGGGGUUUCACGCGAGGGCACGGAGUCCCCACCCGCCAUGUGUCCCACAAGAGCGUGGUUUGUGUGGAAGUCGGUCGCGCUGGGUGUGGUGUUGGCGUGUGCCUCGGCAGGGGCGAAGAACUGGCAGGAUGACUGCGUGUUCAGUCCGAGCGCCGAGAACGCCGUCAGCGCCGAGUGCGAGUUCAGGUCGAUCGAGACACAUAUUCGGUUGGACAAACCAUCGUCAAUUGAAUCACUUCGCAUCACCAGAGGACGAAAUCUGUUCCUAGAUGAAGGCGUUCUUGCAAGUUUCACGAGUCUCCGGAGCAUCUAUAUAACAGGCAUCGACAUUUUGUCUAUUCGCCGCAACAGCUUGGUUUCUGUCAUAGAACAAAGAGCCAUUGAACUCGCUGUUGAACAGGUGGAUAUAGUGGCUUUGGAUCCGGGAGCCUUGUCUGACUGGCGUCAUCCCGAAUCAACAAUAUCCAUGAAGAGCAUUCGGCGACUCUCUAUCUCGAAGCAAGGCUUGGCGCCCAACUCUACAUUCAAGGACGUGACUUUUGAGAAUAUUCCAGUCCUUUACAUGGAACCGGUGGCUAUUCAGUCCAGAAUUGGGCAGCUGAAGCUACAGAACUUAUCCCUUUCGGUCUGUAUGAAAGAUGCCUUCAGUGGCCACAUUGGACACUUAUCCCUCAGUUCCGUCUCCAGUGAUAACGUCAAAGAAAGCUGCAUCAGCGCAACGUCCGGGUGGAAGAGUAUAUCGGUACGCUCCAGCCGCCUAAGUUAUAUCGAAGCAUCCGCUUUUCACGGAUCCGUCGAGAACGUCCUGAUCGAGACCAGCUCUCUGGGUGACGUACAGCCUGGGGCAUUUGAGCUGACAGUAGCUCGAUUCUCUCUCGCCUCAUGCGACAUCGAUAAUCUCGGUGAGCUCGCUCUCAAAGUGAAAGCAAAUCAAUCCAUUUCUCUGCACAGUCUUCAGGUAAACAAGAUGCAGGGGAACGCACUACAGGGUCUGACUAUCCUUCAAGACGACAGCCAUCGCAGACCUGACGACGAACUUCCUCAGGUGUGUCUCAGCGCGUUGACAGUGAACGAUGCCUCCGAGGACGCUCUGACUCUGUCGGAGGACUCUCCUGUGUCUCUGUACGGUCGCGUGUGUCCCUCCGAGGCGGUGGCGGCACGGGAGCACACGCAAUGCAUCGGGGAGAAGAGCCCGGCGCUGGUAUCCAUCGGCGUCUUCAGAGAGCGGUGCUGCUCUGACGAUCUGGGCAGCAAGUCGCCCGCCUGUCCGAGCUUGGCGUGGGUUCCCUACCUGGCCGCAGCUGUGGUGCUCGUCGUCCUUGUGCUGGUUGCGUUCUUCUGCUACAGGAGACAGCUGCGUGCCAAACGAUGGCAGGUGGCGCGAAGAACGGAACAUAAUAGCCUCAGCAUCGUCCCCAGUGUGAGAGGCCUCGGAAGGGACAAACUCAACCCCGGUUCACCUAACCGUGCCGCUGCCGCAGGCAGUGGUCCCGGAAACAUGAGUGAUGCCAAUAGCCCGGAAGACGUCUUUGAAGAGGCUGAAGGACGGGGAGAACGGGGAGAUUCAGGCCCACUUGCAAGCUGGCUUCAAACACUCCGAGAGACAGUGCCCCGACUGUCAGAGGGAGGCUGUCCAGAGACGCUGGAGAUGCUGGAAGCUGGUGGAUGUAGUGAGCAAGGACCUUCUCAGAAAACUGCUUUGCGAAACAAUAAGUGUCCUAAUGUCCAGGCUGAAUCAUCAGGUGAAGAGGCUGGGUCAGACACCGAGUCCGUUCUUCAUGAGAGCACACAACAUUCCGAAGCCGGGAAAGGCCAGAAUUGGAAGCCAACUACCAGCACAGAUCCGCAGCAUUCCAUCGAGAAAGACGCGCUAGACGAAGCUGUCCCCGAAGUGACUGUGACUGACGCAGACAACUGUCAUCAGAAGAGUGACGAGGGUGAUGGAGCUCAUCUCUCCCAUAAAGUAACGAAGAAGGCACCACAGUCCAGUAACUCGACCUUCGGGUCCAGCAAGGCGUCCAAGCAGCCAUCCGAAUCGAAACAAGAAAUGCCAGUGUAUGCGACGUCCACAAAACAGAAGCCUUCUCAUAUGACAGGUCAAAUUUCACGCCAACUUUCCGCUUCCUUGGAGGUGCUAUCAGCUCGCACAGAUUCCUCCCAAAACUUCCACGAGGGGGACAGUGCCAUCCCUUCCAGAGGCGCCUGCACUACGCCUUCUGUGGGAAAACCCAUGACCUCGGGACGACGACCAACUGAAGUUGAGUACGCCGAGGUUUUCAACUCACUGCCCAGGGUGCCUAACACCGAUCCGGAGCACCGCCGUCGCAGAUCGUCCGUAGAUUCUAACCUCUACUCAGACGUCUAUCAAGCUCUAGGUACGGAUGUGCGCUACACUCCAGAUCGUCGUGGACCAAGAAGAAAUUCGGCUGACCGCGAUGAAGUGUACGACGACCUGCUUGACACGAUGAACUCAAACCUCGGCCAGAGGCAGAUGGCAUUGGCUAGAGAUGUUUUUCAAGGAGGAGCACCGUUGAUGCCAUAUCCUGAGCACGUCGCAGAACAUGUGCUGCCCCACUUGGGCAGGGGGGACAUGCAGGGCGGUGCACCAUCUCACGGCCCGAGACUGGUCGAGUCUCCUCUUUAUGUGGGCGCUGAUGGAGCAACGCCGAUCAGUAGCUACUGUACGGUACCUCGGAGUAGAUAUGUCUAUGUGGAGAAGUCUGAGAGAGACCAUCCAGAUCCUGGGAGAGCCGGCACAACGACUCGCGCGAGCUAUCUCUACGCUGAAAUUUCAGAUUUUGCUCCAUCUGUGAGACAGAGCCACGGACAAAUCCCCACCUACGCGACAGUUUCGAAAACUCGUCGGCAGCCAAAGCACAGCGAUGACCACAAGGCCAAAGGCUGGUCUUCGUGGAAUCCAUUUGCAAAGAAAAAUCGCGGAGAAAAGGUCGGAACUGAGAGGCACCGGAGGCGCGCUAAAUGAGCUCUGCGAUGUCAGCCGCCGAAGGUGGUGAAUUCACCACGGAUGCAGAACAUUCAGUUGAGCCUUUUCUACUAGCUAAGUCUACAGUAGAUAUUUUCGCGUCGUUAAUGCAUUGAGUGAGGCUUUAAGUUGUAGCAUACUCAGCGGUCGGUCAAAUGUGUGGCUGUUUUCUGAUAUAUCUGUGCUAGUUGUGCAGCGAAACGCAUUUUCUCAGCUGGUGAAAUACAUUAAUGGGUGGCAUGCUUUGUCAUUAGGUCUGCUGAUCUGAGUAUUCUUGCUUUUUAGUAUGUUUGUUUCUUCCACCAUUCAUUUUUCGCCGUGCAUGAGCCUAACUCUUCUUUAUUCUUUCAUGAUUAUUCAGCUUAUUUUAUUGUUCAGUUCAUUUUUCGAAGGCUGAAACAUGGCAUAAUCACUGCUGACAUAAAUGUGGUCUUUUGA